CAAAGGACACUUACAAUAGGUCGUACUCUGCCCAUCCUUUAUUCAUAUCCAGCACGACAGGCUCAAAAAGCAGGUAUCCACAGUUGUUGUGCCAUGGGGCGCAGUCUAUGCUCAACCACACGUUGUGCGAUAUGCGCAGCUCUAACCGCUGCUGCAAUCGCUAUAGGCCUCAUUUUUAUCCUCAGCUACGUAUACUGGUGGCCAACAGACAAUUCAACAGACAAAGAUGGUGAUAUGGACAAUUCAGUAGACCCGCCUUCGCCAGAACAACCAUGUCCAUCUGGUGAUUUCCAUACGGGAUACAUAGCAACUGGAAGCACAGUGGCAGUCAAUAGUGACGUAGUCGCAUAUCUGUCCCGACCCGUCGGGACAUCGUGUAAAGGGGCUGUUCUCAUUUUUCAUGAUAUAUAUGGUUACGGUCUCCCAGCAAAUCAACAAGUCGCCGACGACUUAGCGCAGAACGGCUACGUUGCUAUCCUCCCUGAUCUCUUUCGCGGGAAUCCAUGGCAACCUGACAUGUAUGAGUAUGUAGAGUGGAAAACCAGUCAUUCUCAAGAACGUAUCGAUGGAGACAUUGAUGCGACAGUAAGCUUUAUCAGAUCUGCGUUGUCAGUUGACAAUCUAGCUGUUGUCGGAUUUUGUUGGGGUGGGCUUCAGUCCGUUUUCGCCUCAGCGCGGCUUAGCAUAGACGCAGCUGUCGCGUUCUAUGGAGUGGGUAUUACUCCAGACGACCUUAUUUCGAUGAACAAGCCCACGUUGCUGCUACAUGGUCAGAAUGACACCAUAAUAUCGGUAACUGAUGUCGAGCUCCUUGAAUCCACUCUGCAUAAUGCUAACAGACUACUGCAAAGUGUCGAUGACCUGGAAACAGGGGCGCUGCGAGGCCCACCCUCAUACGUCAAAAUCUUCGAGGAUGUUGGACAUUCCUUUGCGCACAGGGGGGACAUGGAUGACCCCGUCAUACGACAGGCUUCCGAAGAAGCGUUUAACGACAUGUACCGGUGGAUAAGUAGAUUCACCCCUGGUUAACAUGAAAACUAUCGCAUAUAAAAAAUAAACGCAUUGUUCUAUAAAGUUCCACACCCGAAUACACUAGCGGCGUAGCUCUUUGAACGAUAUGUUUUCCCGCUAACUAAAGUAGUGCAAAAUUGUGUUUAUUUUUAUAAUCGUUCCGAAUUUUAAUCCCAAUUAUUGACAAACUUCAUAUUAUUUUUCAAUAUGAAAAAUCAUAUUUUGGCAAUUUUGUGAAGUAAUACAGUAUAUGUACUUUGGUGUUCAAAGGAACUUUCACUAUGUAUAUAUGUCAUUCAGUUCAUUUGCAUAACAUAUUUAAAAAAAGUGAUUAUGUUGCUAUUUUGUAAGUAUGUCACAAAUGGAUUAUUAGAAACAAUCCGACACAAAUAAAAUGAAGACUGAUUAUUCCAUAUAUGGGUGCAGCCCGUCAAUACAAUUUUGCACACUAAACGCCGAUUUUACGUUAUUUCACGGUAUUUCAAAUGUUAUAUUUUAGUUGCCGUUCCUGGUGAGAUAGUUACAUAUCUUGAGGACUAUUUAGUUAAUAACUCAGCUACUAGAGAACGGGAAAAUUCUGUAUUUGAUGACGUAAUGGAACUAAAUUACCACGUGACACUGGUACCAGCAAAUAGUCUAUUACCAACCUUCAAUCAGUGGUGUCCGGUAACAUUCAAUGACACCAUAUUCAACAACUUGUAUU